GGCGCAGCAAGCUCCUCGACGCCGCCGCACCGCACCGCACACGCCGUCCUCCGCUGCCUCUUCCUCGCCCUCCUGCCGCCAUGGCGCUCCUGCUGCGCGGCGCGCGCCUGCGCCUCGCCGCCGCCGCGCUGCCCGGGCCGGCGCGGCACAUGAGCCUGCUGCCGGCACAGGCGCGCGCCCUGCUCCACGCAGAGGUCCCCGCCCUGUACACGCCCGCCGAGCCGCCGCUAGCCAAGCGCUCCCGGCGUGCCGAUGCCUAUCUGCCGCCGCUCGAGUCGCGCGAGCCGGCCGAGCUGGAGCAGCGCUACGUCAAGAUGAGCCCGACGGGGCGCCAUGCCUUCCUGCGCGCCCAGGGCGGCGCCGAUGAGAGGUCACUCCAGCCAGAGCUCGUCGUCGCCUCGCUCGCCGAGCUGCGUGCCGGCAUCCAGUGGCUCAGCGCGCAGGCCCACGUGGACGGGCGGCCGCCCGUGCGCCUCGCAGCCUCGCAGCCGCCGCUGCUGCGCCUCUCGCGCUUCACGCGCCCCAGCUUCUUCGACGUGCGCCUCGACAUCGACGCCGCUCGCGCGCCCAACAACGGCGUGCUCGGGCCCGAGAUGCGCCUUUCGCCGGUGUACCAGCGCCUGGCCGAUGAGCCGCCGCGGCAGGUGACGCUGCCGCCGCUCGUGCUGCGCGUGCCGAUCGACGUCUCGCCGCUCCUGGCUCAUCCCGUCCGCUCCUUUGCGCCGCUCGGCGAGGCGCCCGCCGAGCCCAGCGGCAGCGAUGCAGCGCUGCAACAGGUCGCCACGGCCGCGGCCGAGCGCGCAUUGGAGGCCCUGACGGCCAGCGACUGGGCGCGCUCCUUUCCGGAGACUGCGUACCGCGCCUUCAAGGCGUGCGUCCAGCAGCUCGUGACGCUGUACUGGAAGGCCGACGGCGAGCGCUUCACGAUCAACCUCGGCUUUGCGCUAAAGACACCCGACGGGGCCAAGAUCGAUGACAAGAAUGUGGUGCAGAGCAAAGGCACGGUUCUUCUGAACAGCGCACAGCUCGACUUUGACGACUUCGCCGCAAACCGGCAGCCAAAGAUCAAGGCGCUCUCGCGCGACGCCAAUGAGGUGUGGCCGCCUGUGUAUGCGGAGGCGAAGAAGCGCGGCGAGAAGGCGGCACGCGCGCAGGAGCGGCGCGAGAGAGAGCAGAUCAGCACGCCGCCCGAGGAGCCCCUCUCCGAGGCGCGCCAGUCGCGGCCAUCGCUGCGUCGGUCGGCGUACGGACAGGCCAAUUCGUUCCUCGAGCGGCUCGCCGACGAACAGGGUCUCGUGUACCGGCAGCACAUGGGCAACAUCGGACUCUUUGGCUACGGUGCUGGCAUGGGCAUGGGCACCUUUGAUGGCGUGGUCGACGAGGGCGGGCAUCCGGCAAACUUCUUCGACGGCGGUGGCGGUGCGUCGAUCCAGAACUCCAAGGCGGCGAUGGAAAUCCUGAGUCUGGACAGAAGCGUGCGCUGCAUCUUCGUCAAUAUCUUUGGCGGCAUCACGCGCUCCGAUCUGGUCGCGCAGGGCAUCCUGCAGGCGUAUGCUGAGUUCGGCAUGCGCCGCAUUCCGCUCGUCGCACGCUUCCGCGGCAACAUGGCCGAGGAGGCAAAGGCGACUCUGGCCGCCGCCGCUGAGCGGGGCGAGAUUGACGCGACGCUCAUCGACGACUUCCGGUCAGCGGCACGAGAGGCGGUGCGGCGAGCUGGGCCGUUCAUCGAAAAGCCUCCCGCCAAGGCGCCCAACGGCCAGCUUCGCUAUGUGCGAUAUGGCGAAGAGAAGAGGCUGAUGUCUGCGGUAUGGCGGGCCGCGAAGCGGCCAACUGCCACUGCGCGCAUGGCGCCGCCCGAGUCACGCACGUUCGUGUCGUCUGCAGCGUACCGGCAACCUCUGGCGCCGUUCCACUUCCUCACCGGCUACGCCUUUGCCGGCAAGCCGCGCGGCGCCGCGGCGCAGGAGCGCGACGAGGACCAGGAUCUUGAUCCGGAGGAGCGGGCCGAGGCGGAGGCGGAGGCUGCAGAGGCCCGCGCGGCGCUCAUGGGCGAGGACGUGCCGCCGCUGCCGCAGCAGGGCUUCCCGUCGGACUCGGACAUCGGGCGAUGGCGCGACGGCCUGCUGAGAGAAGGUGACGCCGGCGAGGACGCGCUCACGGUCUCGCGCAUGCGCGGCACGGAGGGCGAGACUGACGGCGGCGGAGACGUGCUCAUCGCCGUCGCCGACGGUGUCGGUGGCUGGGCUGAGAACGGCAUCGACCCGGCACUGUUCAGUCAGUCGCUCAUGUACCACGCAACGGCAUAUGCUCAGCAGCACGUCGCGUGCCCUGACCGGCUUGACAUCGACUCGGGCUCGCUUGGUUCGUCGAGCUCGAGCGCCUCUUCCGAUAGCACGCCGCCUACCACGCCCGGCUCUUCCGCCGACGGCGCCUCGCACGGCGGCGCGCCGCUGUCGAUCCUGGAGUACGCGUACGAGCGCACGCUCGAGCAGCCCGAGGUGCCGGCCGGCAGCUCCACAGCCACGGUCAUCACGCUGGACUCGACCAAGGGCAUCCUGCGCUCGGCCAAUGUGGGCGACUCUGGCUUCCUGGUACUGCGCACGAGCGGGCGCUCCGGCAAGGCGGGCGCCAGCGGCUCAGCAGCAAGCAGCACCGAGGCGCGCGAGGGCGUCUUCUACGCCUCUGCGCCGCUGCAGCACGGCUUCAACACGCCGCUUCAGCUCGCCAAGCUGCCGCCGGCCAUGCGGCGCUCCGGCUCCAUCGACUCGUCGCCGCGCGACGCGCACCUCUGGCAGGCCCAGCUGCGUGCCGGCGACCUCGUCAUCGUGGCCACCGACGGGUUCUUCGACAACGUCAGCACGCCAGAGACGACGCAGCUCGUGCGCUUCGUCAAGGAGAAGCACCACCAGACCUGGGUCGCCGCGCGUGAGAAGGGCACCGUCAGCGGAGACGCGGCCGCAGAGGAGCGCAGCCUGACGCAGGCCGUGGCGCACAACCUCGUCCAGUAUGCCAUCAUGUGCAUGCGCUCGCCGAACAAGCAGAGUCCGUUCGAGCGCGAGGCCGCGCGCCACGGCAUCCGCUUCCCAGGCGGCAAGGUUGACGAUGUGGCCGUGGUGACUGCGCUCGUUGUAGAGCGGUGAGGCUGCGUUGCGAAGACGACGGGCCCUUAUUUGCGUCUCCGUCGUGUCAUCCUACACUGUUGCAUAGCUGCUCUAAUCCACUGCACGUGUCGAGAGACUGCAGGAUGCGCAGCGGAUGCUCGUUCGGGCGCGCGCGAGCCAAACACCCGGCUGCGCGUGUAGCGCAGCACCAAGCGAUGCGCUAUGGGCCCGCAGUCUUG